GAGAGGAGAGGACUGAGAGCGAGGACCAAGAAGACCAAGCAAGCGCCCCUCGUCUCGUGCCGCUGCCGCAAAGACUCGCGACUCGCGAGACAAGCGGCCGCAGGCGCAGCCACCGCAGCAGCCGAGCUCUCGAGUCCUCGCCAAGUCGCCGCCGCCCCCUCGCCUGCCUCCCCCGCCCCUCCCAUUCCCCACCGUGCUUCAGAUUCCACAGACGAGUAGAGGCAAAAGGUAGGAGCCGAAUCGAGGCGCCACCGCUCUCCCGCCAGGCCGGCGAGCGAGAGCCAACGAGCCGCCGGGCCGAGGCGAAGCACGCCCACCUCGCCCGCCCCUGUGCUCUCCUGGGCCACCGCGGGGCGGAGAUCCGCACCGGACUUCCCACCGCUUCCGUCGGUUCCUGGUUGUGAAAUAUCUGAUCAACUCUUAUUGCUAUGUAUCGCUACCGGUCUUAAUACCCAAUAGUUACUUGGAGAUCAGAUGCGACAAAUAUGCACACCAAAGGGGCUUCUUCUGAUGCCAUCAGAGUUAGCACUUCUAGCGCCCCUAGCACAUCAAGCCAUGGCUCUGCACAAGAUGACUAUGAUUCCUCUGGCGACGUGUACGUGUGGGGUGAAGUCAUUUGUGACAACACUGUAAGAGUUGGUCCAGAUACAGUAAUCAGGUCAACAGGGAAGGCUGAUUUUCUAUUGCCUAAGCCCCUGGAGUCCAAGCUAGUUCUUGAUGUGUACCAUGUGGAUUGUGGGGUCAAGCACGCUGCUUUGGUCACAAAGAAUGGGGAAGUGUUUACGUGGGGUGAAGAAUCUGGAGGACGUCUUGGCCAUGGAUCAAGGGAGGACUCUGUUCACCCUCGUCUAGUUGAGUCGUUAGCUAUUUGUAAUGUGGACAUUGUUGCCUGUGGGGAGUUCCACACCUGUGCUGUGACAACAGCUGGUGAACUUUACACCUGGGGUGAUGGAACACAUAAUAUUGGACUUCUAGGCAAUGGUACCGAUGUAAGCCACUGGAUUCCUAAAAGAAUUUCAGGAGCACUGGAGGGUCAUCAAGUUGCUUAUGUUUCUUGUGGGACCUGGCAUACAGCCUUGGUUACAUCUAGAGGGCAGCUUUUUACGUUUGGUGAUGGUACAUUUGGAGUUUUAGGACAUGGAAACCGCGAAAGUUUUUCGUGUCCAAGGGAGGUAGAGUCUUUAUCAGGGUUGAAAACAAUCGCUGUGGCUUGUGGCGUAUGGCACACUGCAGCUGUUGUAGAAGUUAUAGUUACCCAAUCCAGUUCAAGUAUGUCUUCUGGAAAGCUCUUCACAUGGGGAGAUGGCGACAAACAUCGACUUGGUCAUGGUGACAAGGAACCAAGACUUAAGCCUACGUGUGUGGCUUCACUUAUUGAUUAUGAUUUCUGCAGGAUAGCAUGUGGUCAUAGUCUUACUGUCGGACUGACAACAUCUGGACAGAUUCUGAGCAUGGGUAAUACUGUCUAUGGUCAGCUUGGGAAUCCUCGUUCAGAUGGUAAACUUCCAUGCUUAGUUGAAGAUAUCAUGGGUGAACAUGUUGUCCAAGUUGCAUGUGGUUCCUACCAUGUUGCAGUCUUAACAAAUAAGAGUGAGGUUUUUACAUGGGGAAAGGGGGCCAAUGGAAGACUGGGUCAUGGAGACAUAGAGGACAGGAAAAUACCUACACUGGUUGAAGCAUUGAGAGACAGGGGUGUUAGGCACAUAGCUUGUGGUUCAAACUUCACUUCAGCUAUAUGCCAACACAAAUGGGUUUCUGGAGCUGAGCAGUCGCAAUGUGCCUCAUGCCGGCAACCAUUUGGGUUCACCAGGAAGAGGCAUAAUUGCCAUAAUUGUGGUCUUGUCCAUUGUAAUGCUUGCACCUCACAUAAGGUCCUGAGAGCAGCAUUGGCUCCUAAUCCUGCAAAACCAUACCGUGUUUGCGAUUCAUGUUUUAUGAAAUUGAACAGUGCAGCAUACUCAAGUGCAGUUAAUAAGAAGAAAGAGGCUGUGCCUCGCCACUCUGGUGAAAGCAACAAUGAUGCUAAAUUAGCUAGAGCAAUUGUGCCCAGCAAUUUGGAUAUGAUUAGAAGUUUGGACAGCAAGGCAGCAAAACAAGGGAAGAAAACCGAUGCACUGUCAUUCCUAAGGACUCCCCAAAUGAGUUCACUUCUUCAGCUAAAAGAUAUCGCUUUAUCUGGAGGAAUUGAUAUGAACAAGUCAGUUCCACGAGCAGUUCGCACAUCAGUUCGAUCAUUGAACUCAUCUAGGGCUGUUUCCCCUUUCUCUCGCAAGCCUAGUCCACCACGCUCAACCACACCAGUUCCAACAACUCAUGGUCUUUCAAUCGCUAAAACUGCUGCUGAUAGUCUUGCAAAAACUAAUGAGAUGUUAAGUCAAGAGGUUGAAAGACUCCGUGCACAGGUUGAUAAUCUGAGGCACCGCUGCGAGCUUCAAGAACUUGAGUUGCAGAAAUCAGCAAAGAAAGUACAAGAAGCCAUGUCAAUGGUUUCAGAGGAAUCUGCAAAGUCUAAAGCUGCUAAGGAAGUCAUAAAGUCCCUUACAGCACAGCUCAAGGAUAUGGCUGAAAGACUACCUCCAGAUCAGGGAGCCUAUGAUGGCAGCGAAGCAAAACAAGCGCAUGUUCCAAAUGGCAUUGAGAUGUAUGCUUCUAUUUACACUGGCAUGAAUGGUAUUCAUCAGCCACGAAACGAGUCUAUCAGUGCCGUAAGCACGCCUAGCCUGAACAUCGGACGAUCAUUGCACCCAAAUGGAAUAUCAAAUCAGCAUAAAUCACCAGGAAGUAUUAGUGAAAACAGCGAAGUGAGUGUUCACACCCAUAGGGUUUCAGGUCCUCCUGAAGCUGAAAAUCCGAAUCGAAGGGGACAUAGCAGUAGUGAUGAGAUGCUCAGUGCUAGCAGUAGAGCAGAUGAUAGUAGCAGCAAGGAUGCUAGGUCUCUUUUCAGUGGCGAGGAUGGUUACAAAUCUCGGAGUGCAGUAUCUUUGCCCAGCAACCAAGUUCAGGCUGAGUGGAUUGAGCAGUAUGAACCAGGUGUAUACAUAACACUUACAACUCUUCGUGAUGGCACCCGAGAUCUAAAGCGUGUACGCUUCAGUCGAAGGCGUUUUGGGGAGCAUCAGGCUGAGAGCUGGUGGAACGAGAACCGUGACAAGGUCUACGAGAAGUACAAUGUGAGGAGCUCCGAGCGAGUAUCGUCGGCAUCAUCGAUCCGGUCAGCUCGAUGACCCCCUCCUUCCUACUCACUGCCCAGCAGUGGCCAUCAGAAAACUUGAAGUGGGUGCGCCAAAGCCAAAGUCAGCGUGGCAAGGCGCUGAGUAAUUCUUUUUGCCCGUGUAAUGUGGAUAAUUCUUGUUACUGUUGUGAAAUUGAGUCAGUCAUCCAUCCAAGGGUUCUUUAGGCGCCCUGUUCCGAUGUAAUGUACAUAGGGUUGUGGAACACCAAAACAUGGAGUAGGUGGUGGGCCGGCAGAGGGUGGGGCAGUAGUGUGUUGACUGUUGAGGGGCCAGCCCAGCCCUUUUCUACCCUUUGAAAGCCUUGGCUGUUGUAGCCAAUGCAGCUGUAAAGAAGUGGCAAUUUUUUUUCCUCUCCAAAAAUGCCAUGUGCCACAUUUUGGCCGCCCGUUACAUGUGUACCAUGCUUGUCGAGCUUGA